GGUUGCUAGGAAACAGGAGCGUCUCCCUCCCGCCUGACCCAGAGAUUGUUCUGCACAAGCCCUCUCCAGGGGCUCGCAAUGUGCAGUUGAGCGGUGUGUGGGGCAGAGAGGCACACCGAGCUCUCAGGCUCAUUCUCUCCCGCUCUCCCUUUCUCCUCCAGCAUGCUGUCAACCCGUUGCACGGGGAUCGCUGGAGAGUUCUGCCACCGCUGUUAGUCCCUCCUCUCCCGAAGGCAAGAGCUCGAGCAGAGCUUCAAAGUUGGAGCCGCAGAUCUUCCAGCCGCCCCACGCCCCUUCACCCCACCCCUCCGAAAUUCACCCACCCUUGCCUGGCCUGCCUAAGGAUUUCCAACAGAGUGAGGCGAAGCCGCUAGCAAAACCGCCCUGGCUCUCGUAUAAUAAUCCUCUCGUCUAGGUACCCUGGCUCACUGAAGACUCUGCAGAUACACCCCUAUUAAGGGGGAGGGAAGGGGGAGGGGGAAAGGGAAAAGGAGAACGAGAGAGGGUGGAAAGGAGAAAGAGAAGGAGAAGGAGAGAAUGCCAGAAGGUCCGUGUCUCUGCGAGAGUCCUAAUUAGAUGCGACGGUUUGAGCCUGGCCAAGGUGAAGGAAAGUUGCUUUCCGCGCCUGGGAAGUGGGUUUGCCUGUAAAGCCGAGAGGGACUCUGCUGGGAAGUGCUCUCCUCCCCUCCACCGAAGACCACUGGGUCUCCCCUUUUCCCAACCCCCUCCCUUUCUUCCCCUCCCACCCUCCCUUUUCCCACUCCCCACUGACUCGGAGGCCUGGAUGCUCUGCCACCGGGCAGUGGUCCAGCGCGCAGCCGGGAGGGGGCGGGAGCAGGGGGCACUGUGACAGAAAGCGGCGCGCACAAGUUGGCCAUUUCGGGGGCAAAGUAAGUUCUUCCUUGGAUUUGGAAAGGACAAAGCCAGCAAGCUACCUCUUUUGUGUCGGAUGAGGAGGACCAACCAUGAGCCAGAGCCCGGGUGCAGGCUCAGCCGCCGCCGCCGCCGCUGCCACCGCGGUCAGCUCCAGUCCCUGCCAGGAGUUGUCGCUGAGAGGAAUUUGGUGACAGGCUCUGUUAGUCUGUUCCUCCCUUAUUUGAAGGACAGGCCACAGAUCCAGUUUGGAAAUGAGAGAGGAGGACUAGCAGGCAACAUUGGCUUCAUCCAUUGAUACCUCCCAGAGGUACAGAAACUGGAUUCAUGAAGAUGUUGACAAGACUCCAAGUUCUUACGUUAGCUUUGUUUUCAAAGGGAUUUUUACUCUCUUUAGGGGACCAUAACUUUCUGAGGAGGGAAAUUAAAAUCGAAGGUGACCUUGUUUUAGGGGGUCUGUUUCCUAUUAAUGAAAAAGGCACUGGAACUGAAGAAUGUGGGCGAAUCAAUGAAGACCGAGGGAUCCAACGCCUGGAAGCCAUGUUGUUUGCUAUUGAUGAAAUCAACAAGGACGAUUACUUGCUGCCAGGAGUGAAGCUGGGCGUACACAUUUUGGAUACAUGCUCAAGGGAUACCUAUGCAUUAGAGCAAUCACUGGAAUUUGUAAGGGCAUCCUUGACUAAAGUGGAUGAAGCAGAGUAUAUGUGUCCUGAUGGAUCCUAUGCCAUUCAAGAAAAUAUCCCACUGGUCAUUGCAGGGGUCAUUGGCGGCUCAUACAGCAGUGUUUCCAUACAGUUCUUCUCCCUUCCUCCUCCCCCCACCCCCACCCCCCGGCUUUUCCAGAUCCCUCAGAUAAGCUACGCGUCCACCAGCGCCAAACUCAGCGACAAGUCGCGCUAUGACUAUUUUGCCAGGACCGUGCCCCCCGACUUCUACCAAGCCAAAGCCAUGGCCGAGAUCUUGCGUUUCUUCAACUGGACCUACGUGUCCACCGUGGCCUCGGAGGGCGACUACGGGGAGACGGGGAUCGAGGCCUUCGAGCAGGAAGCCCGCCAGCGCAAUAUCUGCAUCGCCACCGCAGAGAAGGUGGGUCGCUCCAACAUCCGCAAGUCCUACGACAGCGUGAUCCGCGAGCUACUGCAGAAGCCCAAUGCGCGCGUCGUCGUGCUCUUCAUGCGCAGCGACGACUCACGCGAGCUCAUCGCUGCAGCCAGCCGCGCCAACGCCUCGUUCACCUGGGUGGCCAGCGACGGCUGGGGAGCGCAGGAGAGCAUCGUCAAGGGCAGCGAGCAUGUGGCCUACGGCGCCAUCACACUGGAGCUGGCCUCGCACCCCGUCCGCCAGUUUGACCGCUACUUCCAGAGCCUCAACCCCUACAACAACCACCGGAACCCCUGGUUCCGGGACUUCUGGGAGCAGAAGUUCCAGUGCAGCCUCCAGAACAAGCGGAACCACCGGCGCGUGUGCGACAAGCACUUGGCCAUCGACAGCAGCAACUACGAGCAAGAAUCCAAGAUCAUGUUUGUGGUGAACGCCGUGUAUGCCAUGGCUCACGCCCUGCACAAAAUGCAGCGCACCCUCUGUCCCAACACCACCAAGCUUUGCGAUGCUAUGAAGAUCCUGGACGGGAAGAAGUUGUACAAGGACUAUUUGCUGAAAAUCAACUUCACAGCUCCAUUCAACCCAAAUAAAGGUGCGGAUAGCAUUGUCAAGUUUGACACUUUCGGAGAUGGAAUGGGACGAUACAACGUGUUCAAUUUCCAGUACGUGGGUGGCAAGUACUCCUACUUGAAGGUCGGUCACUGGGCAGAAACCUUAUCACUGGACGUUGACUCUAUCCACUGGUCCCGGAACUCAGUCCCCACUUCCCAGUGCAGUGACCCCUGUGCCCCCAAUGAGAUGAAGAACAUGCAACCAGGGGAUGUCUGCUGCUGGAUCUGUAUCCCCUGUGAGCCCUACGAAUACCUGGCUGAUGAGUUUACCUGCAUGGACUGCGGCCUUGGGCAGUGGCCCACGGCAGACCUGUCUGGCUGCUUUAACCUCCCUGAGGACUAUAUCAAGUGGGAAGAUGCCUGGGCCAUUGGGCCAGUGACCAUCGCCUGCCUGGGUUUCCUGUGUACCUGCAUAGUUGUGACUGUUUUUAUCAAGCACAACAACACGCCCUUGGUCAAAGCGUCAGGCCGGGAGCUCUGCUACAUCCUGUUGUUUGGGGUCGGUCUGUCCUACUGCAUGACGUUCUUCUUCAUCGCGAGGCCAUCACCAGUCAUCUGUGCUCUGCGCCGACUAGGGCUGGGGACCUCCUUCGCGGUCUGUUAUUCGGCCCUGCUGACCAAGACAAACUGUAUCGCCCGCAUCUUUGAUGGGGUAAAGAAUGGCGCUCAGAGGCCCAAAUUCAUCAGCCCGAGUUCUCAGGUUUUCAUCUGCCUGGGUCUGAUACUGGUGCAAAUCGUGGUGGUGUCCGUGUGGCUGAUCCUGGAGGCUCCGGGCACCCGGCGGUACACCCUCCCGGAGAAGCGGGAAACAGUCAUCUUAAAAUGCAAUGUCAGAGAUUCCAGCAUGUUGAUCUCACUUACCUACGAUGUGGUCCUGGUGAUCUUAUGCACUGUGUACGCCUUCAAAACUCGGAAGUGCCCAGAAAAUUUCAACGAAGCCAAGUUCAUUGGUUUUACCAUGUACACCACAUGCAUCAUCUGGCUGGCCUUCCUCCCUAUAUUUUACGUGACGUCAAGUGAUUACAGAGUGCAGACAACAACCAUGUGCAUCUCCGUUAGCCUAAGCGGCUUUGUGGUCCUGGGCUGUCUGUUUGCACCCAAGGUGCACAUCAUCCUGUUCCAGCCCCAGAAGAAUGUGGUCACACACAGACUGCACCUCAACAGGUUCAGUGUUAGCGGAACUGGGACCACGUAUUCUCAGUCUUCUGCGAGCACCUACGUCCCAACAGUGUGCAAUGGGCGGGAAGUUCUCGACUCCACCACCUCAUCUCUGUGAUUGUGAAUUCCAGUUCAGUUCUCGUGUUUUUAGACUGUUAGACAAAGUGCUCGCGUG